AUGAAUAACGAUAAUCUCCGUUGUUUUCGUAUCUUCCGUUCGGGAAUCACCGAUAGGUCUCUUCCUCUGAUGCUGGGCAUUGAUGAAGCUGGCAGGGGUCCAGUUUUGGGUCCUAUGGUCUAUGGAGGCUUUGCAUGUCCCAUUGGCUCCGAAUAUCGAGACUUGCUGAAGAAGGAGAUCGGUGUCGACGAUUCUAAGACUUUGUCUGUUGUACUUCGUCAAGCCAUGUUUAAAGAACUGAAUUCACCGGAUCGUCCGUUUGCCUUAAGCGCCGAGAUCAUCACUCCUAAAUAUAUCAGCUAUAAGAUGACACGAAGGUUUGUCUAUUUUGUGGCUAUGUUAAAAGUGCUCAGGGACGACUACAACCUAAAUAGUAUAUCGCACGAUUCUGCCAUUGCGCUGAUUCGACACUUCUUAUCGCAUGGAUUCAACGUCAAAGAAGUGUACAUUGACGCUGUUGGGUCGCCUGCACAUUACGAGGCCAAGCUAAAGACUCUGUUUCCUGACCUGCGGUGUGUGGUAGCUACCAAGGCUGACUCCAAGUACCCUGUUGUAAGCGCUGCAUCUAUUGUAGCGAAGGUCAUUCGUGACAACAUGAUAGAAUCAUGGUACAAGGAUACUCCUGAUAGCGCCAAAGUAGGAUCUGGGUAUCCUGGUGAUGCGGUGACCCGUGACUUUUUGGCAUCACAUAUGGAUAGGCUUUUUGGUUUUUCUUCUUUCGUGCGUGUUAGCUGGUCUACUGCUAAGAUCAUGCUGGAGGACAAAAAACGCGCAAUUCCGUUCGAGUGGUAUGACCCCGAUUCUGCUACAGACGAGUCGCAGUUAGUGAAACAGGUGAGGGAAACGCAAUGGCCGCCGUUUCGUACGCUUACGAAUAUCACAACAUUAUGA